ACCCGGAAAUGAUUUUCUUGCGCUCCUUCGUGAAAACAUUUCAUCAGUCAGUGGCGAUCAUGCACUGACUCGUGGAAACACAUGCCGGCUCUGAGACAUAUUUAUAAACAAAUAUUAUUUUCACAAAUUUGCAAGUUGUCUACAGCAGCGAUGAUAAAGUCGCCGACAGCAAAAGUCUUACACUUGCCACCACAGACGUCCAAUGGUUGUUUGUUGCAGCCGGAUGGUAUUCAGCAAGAUCAGUUGGACAUUCUGAAAUCUACUGUCAACGCUCUGAAGGAUGGGGAAGUGGUGGCUGUCCCAACUGAUACGCUGUACGGCUUGGCGUGUCUGGCCCAGAACUCUGUUGCUGUGAAGAAAGUAUAUGACAUCAAAGGCAGAAAUGGACAGAAACCCUUGGCCAUUUGUGUUGGCGAAAUCGAGGAGAUUUAUAAAUACUGUAAAGUUGCAGUGAAGAGGGAAAUGCUUGAGGACUUGCUGCCCGGCCCUGUCACACUGGUGCUGGAGAGAUCUGCGGAGCUGAACCCCGACCUUAAUCCCUUCACCCCGCUGGUGGGAGUGCGUAUCCCUGACCACCCUUUCAUGAGACGCUUGUGCCAGAUGUGUGGAGAACCUCUCGCCCUCACCAGUGCCAACAUGAGCUCCCAGACCAGCACCGUGGAUGUCCAUGAGUUCCAGGAGCUAUGGCCGAAGGUGGCAGUUGUGGUGAAUGGGGGCCACAUUGGAGACCAGAGCAGACAAGGCUCAACGGUGGUCAACCUGUCAGUCCCCGGCAGAUUCAGCUUAAUCCGCCCUGGCUGUGCCCUGGCUCCCACUUUGAAUGUACUCGACCGCAAGUUUGGACUGUUGGAGGACAGUGAGAACCAAAAGCUUUGACACCCGCUGAAAAAUGCAUGCAAAUCCAUGCAAACGCACAAUCAUCUCCACUCUCUGCUCUGCGAAAGACUGGAGGGACCUGCAGCUUAGAGAGACGAAAGACGGGAGAAGGGACCUUCGGCUAAGAGAGAUCAGGGAGAGGAAAACAAGAAGUCUGUUAUUUAUAGCACCUGUCCGGCACUUUGAUAUAUGAGCAACUCUGUGGGUUGUGUCGUCUUGGUGUUGGGGCCUGGUACUGUCACUGUCACUGGUCUACAAAGCGCAAGAAAAAUUGUACAAAUCCAUCUGGUUCAGUCUUGGUUAUAUGUUGGAGGGGUUCGGAGAUACUUGUCUAGGUGUACAGAGUUGAACAGAUUUCUUCUGAAAGUGCAUGGUGACUGUUGAAAUCUAUUGCUGGAACAUGUGGUAGGGACAGACACUUGGACCUCAAAAUUAUUAUUUUUAAACGAUGGUUGCACUCUGAAGAUGUAUUUUGUACUAAUGGCCCAGUUUGGUGAUGCAGUGCAUGGUGAACCCUGCAUAUUAAAUUGACCUAGGACAUGUCACUCCUUAAUUCAUAGAUUAUCUUUUUUUUAACAGUUUUUAUUUCCUAUUUAUGUGUACAUAUUUAUUAGAGAUUAUAACUGGUUCAGCUGUAAAGCAAAAUUUCUUGUAACUACUUGACUUGAAUCAGAUAUCUUCAUCAUACCGGUAAUCCUCUGUUCUCCUGCCUCAGAUUCUUUAUGAAACAUACGAAAAGGGGGUUGUUUCAUAAUGGACCAAAUUUCACCCUGACCUCUUUUUUUGGUCAUUUUCAGGAGACCAUAUGCUGCAAUCUUUCUCUCACUCAUUCUCCUGAUGGGUUGGUUUAUGGCAGCCUUAAACUGUGCCAAAACCUCUUUUAUCUGCAAGCCAAAAUAAAGAGAAGCACUAAGCCAUUUUAAGCUGGUGGUUUUCCAUCUGUUUUUAGAAUGCUGUCUAUGCAGAUUACCCACUGGUAUAUCUCCAGAUAAUCUUAAUAAUUGACAUUCAUUUUAAUAAAUAUUUAGUUACAUGAACAUCAGUGGUCAUCAGAUGGUGCAGAGUCAAUCAUGCCACACUUAAACUCACGAUCAGUUUAAUAUCCAGAGAGACACUGACAACUUAUUCUUUUACCCUUAAUUAUCUUUAUUUAUUUUUUCCAGAACUAUGAACACAAUGAUUUCAUAGAGCUUUUAUACAAACUGGUCAGGAAAAGCAGGCCGUAGUGGUUUGCGUAUGAUCACACCUUUCUGACCCAGCAGCAGCAGCACAUCUCCUGCCCCAAGUCCUGUCAUAACGGGUCCAGAAUGUAACGCUUUGAAAUGUGCAUGUUACACAUAUGCUUUUUGUUUUAAGACAUUGCAAUACAAUUAAAAAUAAUGUGUGAGAGAAAA